AUGGCCUCCUCAUCAGUUGGGGAGAAUCAGCUGCAAAGGAUCAUCAGAGACCUACAUGAUGCGGUAUUAGAGUUGAGUAAAGAACACAAGGAGUGUGGUGAGCCCAUUACAGAUGACAGCUCCAACCUGCACAAGUUCUCUUAUAAACUAGAGUACCUGCUACAGUUUGACCAAAAAGAAAAGACUACUUUUCUUGGCCAGAGGAAAGACUACUGGGAUUAUUUCUGCGACUGCCUGGCUAAAAUAAAGGGUGCCAACGAUGGCAUCCGUUUUGUUAAAUCCAUCCCUGAGCUGAAGACUUCACUGGGGAAAGGAAGGGCCUUCAUACGGUACUCACUGGUGCACCAACGCCUUGCCGACACACUGCAGCAGUGUCUCAUUAAUCAGAAGGUCACAAGUGACUGGUACUAUGUCCGCAGUCCCUUCCUCAAGUCUCACCUUACUACUGACAUAAUCAACCACCUCUAUGAACUCAACCAGAUCCAGUUCGAUGUGGCAGCUAGAGGUUACGACCUCGACGCAGAUUGGCCAGCCUUUGCAAGGAGAACAUUAGGAGCCAACUCACCAGCUUUCCUGUGGAAGCCUCCCAGUCGCUGUUCCAGCAUCAACAGCUUGGUUAGCAGCUAUUCACACUCCCAGGCUCAGGAGUUUCUCCCUGUCCCUGACUUGGGCCACAGUCUCGCAGGUCACUUGGUGGAACUCGAGGAGCCUUCCCCUUGUACCAUAGCAGAGGACCUCCGCAUUGAGCUUGACCAGUCAGAGCUCAGACAGCAGGAGCUUUUGGUACGAGUCCAAGAAUUAGGUGAAGAGGCUGCAAAACUGAAAGGCGUGGUGAAGGACCUUCAGACACAGCUGUCUGCUACCCAGAAAUCCUCUGGCCAAUCCUCUUCGGAGCCAAAGACUAAAACAGAAGUAGCCAAUCAGCAGAGAGGAAAUAAUUGUCAAGCCUCUUGUGAAGCAAUUAACAGUGAACUUCAGGACAGAUUGACUGCAGCCGAGAACAAAAACAUGGAACUCCUUUCUAAGUUAGAUGGUGCUCUUAACGAAAAGGGCCAGCAGACAGCUAGCUACUGUGACUCUGCCUGGAAGAUCCAAGAACUCUUGGAUAAACUCAAGACUGCUGAAGAGGGGAGGUUGGAGGCUAAGAGGGAGGCUGAGGAUAGGGCCAGGCAUUCUGAGCGGCUCUCACAAGAGCUCAAACUACGCGAAGAAGAGCUGAGGGGGACUAAGGAGAAAUUGGGUGAAACAAAGACUGGAGCCCGUAAAGGACAGGAGGAGGCACUCAGGCGGUUAGAAGAACUUCAAGGCGCUGUGAGUCGAAUUCAAGGGGCACUGACCUUGAAAGAGAAGGAAACGGGAAACUUAAGAGCCCAGCUUCAGGACCUACAAACGUUGCUGGAGAGCCGAGAACGACAAGCAGAAGAACUGAGGAAAAGACUGCAGGAAGAGAGGGAGGAGGUACAGCAAAGGUGUACUGCCAGUGGUGGCCAAAGUGAGAUACUAGAAAGCCAGCUUCUGGAGUUAAGAGAGCAUCUAAAAGCCAGAGAGAAGGAACUGGCCAAUAGUUCUGAGAGAGUUAAACAUUUAGAGGAGCAGCUUGAGAAGCUAGAUAUUGAGAAACAAAGUCUUAUCGCUGGUAUUGGCGGAAAUCAAUUUAUUUCCUCUGAUCAAUCUAAGAAGCUUGAAGACUACAAAUCCCAAUGCAACAAUCUUAUGGAUCUAAAUGCUAAGCUCAUACAGACAGUCAAAAGGAGUGAGGAGAGCACUAGAGAGCUCACUGAGGGCAGGGCAGCCAUGCUGGACCAGCUGGCAUCCUUGCGGGCUUCUGAGAAACAUCUGAAAGGCAGAGUAGAGGCUGCUAAGCUGAAUGUGGAAGACAGGGAAAGGAAACUUGUGGAGGAAAACCAGCGAUUGGAGGAGAUGUUCCAGAAAGCCACUAUCCAGAGGGAUGCAUUUGAUGCUCAGUUAAAGCGGCUUGAGAAUGAUAACAGGGAGCUUAUAGAGGUCCAGUUGUCAUUGAAAAGACAGUUGGCCACAACUCAGGAAGAACUGAACUCACUCAUAACCAAAGCUUCUGAGUUAGACAAGAACCUCACACUCUCCCAAAGAAGCCAAACUGAAUUGCAGGAAAAACUGCAGGGAACCGAGACCAAGCUCAGAGACCAAAUUAUUAAAUAUGAGUUUCUGCAGGUGAGGAUGGAGGAGUUGGAGAGUAGGAACGGGGAGCUAAACAAUGAAAAGGGCGCUGCAGAGAGUACUGAGAAAAUGCAGAAGCUUAAUGAUAGACAUCAAACUUCCUCUCUGGAAGCCAGAGAGGCCACUUCCAGGCUGGUAAUAGCUGAAGCUCAGCUGGAGCUCAACCUAAGGGAGGUAGGCAGGCUUCGAGAAGAAGUGGUGGACCUUAGGGCCCAGCUCCUGGCUGGGGCUGAGGAGAGAAUGAAAGUUCAGGCCCUCCAGGAGGUGACAGAGGCUUCCAGAGAGGAUCUCCGUGUCUUAACUGAACAGCUCAAGGCUCAGGUGGAGGAGCUAAAUCGUCGGCACGUGGACGAGAUCCUACGUUCCAGAGAGCGUGAGGAGGCUCUUAUCCGUGAGCGUGAUGGUGAGGCACAGGCUCGAGCGAGUCUGGCUGCAGAGGUGACGGCCUCCAGAGAAGAGCUCAAUAACCUAAAGCUGCGUUAUGAUAACUUAUGUGUGGAAAAUAGUGAGUCCAGGGAGGCUCUCCAUAGAGCCAACACAGAAACAGCUGAACUCGGUGUGCACGUGUGCAUGCUUACAGCUGAAAAUGAAGAGGCCCGUCUCCGCUGGGAGGGCUUGUCUGCAAAGCUGAAAGAGCUGGAGGAAGAAGGGGGUCAGGAAGCAGAGAGGCUGAAUGCCAGCAUGACACAGCUCUGUCAGGAGAACCAGCCGCUCCAUGAAGGAGAUGGUCAGUCAGGAGCCACGCAAGACAUGCAGGUGAAGCUGGAGAAUGCUCAGCACGAUGCCAGGACCCUGCAGGAGAGCAGCCAGGAGGAGAGCCAGGCACUGCGGUUCCAGCUCAGCAGCAAAGCCAUGAGCCACAGCAACCAGCUUCAGAGCCUAAACAAAGAAUUACAAGAAGUGAGGGUGCAGCUUGGAGCUGAGCAGGAGAAAGCGGUGGUACUGGAGAGUAAAGUCAAAGAACUGGAGACUGAGAAUCAGAGGUACAGCCAGCAGAUUGAGGAGAAUAACAGCCAGAUUGUGCAGUCCCAGAGUCUCAACCAGCAGAGAGAGGAGGAACUGAACCAGCUGAGAGGGGAUUUAUCAAGGUCCAAGGAAGGCCUUGCGGCGGCUAGGCAGGCUCACCAGGAGAUGAAUGACUGUCUACAGCGAGCCAUGCAGGACAAACAGAGUUGCGACCUUAAAACGGCUGCCGAGCUCGAUGACCUGUACCGCACCAAGAGCAACCUGGAGGAGAGGAUCAUAGAACUGAUCAGGGAAAAAGAUGCACUGUGGCAGAAGACCGACGCUCUGGAGUUUGAGCAGAAACUACGGGAAGAGGAGACUGAGAGGGACGUCAACCACUGCCUGGGCUGUCACAGCCAGUUCAGCUGGUGGCUCCGCAAGUACAACUGCAGGCUUUGUGGGCGUCCUUUCUGCUACUACUGCUGCAGCAACACAGUGAGCACCUCGCAGGGCGGCAGCAGAGAGCGCUGCUGCAGAGACUGCUAUAACCAGCACAGCGCAGUGGUGGAGCGCCACCCUCAGGAAGCGAUUGCUAACUCACCAAACACACCCUUCAGCCCUUUACCCCAGCCUGGCAGAACCAGUCAAAAAAUUGCAGGAAUAGGCAAUAGCACCAAGCAUGAUGAUGGGGUGUUUGACAUCAUCACAGAGGAAGAAGUGAGCGGCAUAUACAACAGUGACUCCCUCUCUUUUUCCACCGCCUGCUCUCCUGGACAUGGACAGCAGGGAGCAGCACAGCUAAACUCCAGUUGCAACAGUGCAGGAGACACCACCUCAGAAGACACUGAGGACCUCAGUGCCUCAGUGCAGGAUGCUGAAAUCUGCCUGCUCAAGGCGGGAGAUCUCACGCUCUCCAUCCCCUUCACGGUAGACGACAUCGCCAGGUUCGGGGAUGGUUCCCGAGAGCUCUUCAUCAAGUCAAGCUGUUACAGCACCAUCCCCAUCAUCCUGGGCUACCCAGGUCUGACCAUCACCUGGGUGUUCACCUCCGAGCCCAAGAGCAUCUCUUUCAGCGUGGUCUACAGGGAGGACGCAGAGACUCCACUAGAGCAAGCCAAGGUCCUGAUCCCGCUCAUCCGCUGUAACUCCCACAAGGAGACCAUCCAGGGGGAGCUGAAGGUCAGGAACCCUGGAGAAUACACGCUCAUUUUUGACAACUCAUUUUCCAGGUUCAUCUCCAAAAAAGUGCUGUAUCGUCUGGGUGUGGCAAAGGCUGUGGUGUACGAUGGAAGUGGCUGCCCCUGAGGUGAGGACAGAUGAAGACAGAGCAUGUGAGGUCUUAACUCCGCCCUCACCCGUCUCCCACAGCAUCAGUGUGUGAAAACUGUGCCUCUCGGAUACUGCGGUUAACAUUGCAACACAUGUGGACUCUAGCCGGUUAAUGAAUAUCAUCUCGGAGAUCUGUUAUUGUCGCAAAAGAGCGAGGUGUGUAAUUGACUGAGGCAGUCAGCCGUGAAAGUCCUUCGCUGUACUCGAGGUUGGCUGAUGUCAAAAGAACUUUGGUUUGGAGUCUAUAGGUGUACAGCAAGUUACAUUAAAGAUGCUGAAACAUCUCUUUCAGCCGCUCGCUUGUGAAAGGCGUCGUCUCAUACCGGCUGUAUAAGUAGAACGAAGCUGUAUGAACGCCGGGUAGAGGGAAAUGCAAAGUAUAACUGUUACGCUAAUGAAUGUGAGCAUGCACUACUGUGAAAGCUUAACCUUAGAAGUUUGGUUGUAGCACAAAGGUGUCAGAUAUGAGUUUUGAUUUUUAAUGUAGAAGAUUGUUGAAUAUUUGAAUGUGAAGGAUUUUUUUUUUUAACUCUGGUAGAUGCUGUCCUUUUAUAGAUGCCACCGUCGUUGAAGCCUCACUACACAUUUCAUGUUUGCCAAGCGAAAGAUGCACUUUUUCUCCUUCAUCAACAGGAUUUUUUUUGGGGGAAAAAAGAUGCUCCCUAUUCAGCAAUCAGAAAUGUUUGGGAAUACUGUAUUCCGAUAAUCAGCUAUUUGAUGUAUGAGUGUUUUCGCAUUUAUACUAACUUGGUCCAAAGAGUGCAACAUGCAAGAGAAACCUUUGGAGUAAUAACAACUCAUGUUGGAUGAGGGAUAAAUGCAUCGUCAGGAAAUAGUUGUUAGGUUUUGAUUUGUCUUUUUAUAAAAUAGGCUUUAAUUUGAUGGCAGGACGUCUGAUUAUUGCAGAUGAGGGAACGAGGCCCGACUCAACAGAACACGGCCCUACUUCUCCGAUUUCUAUGCAUGAGAGCACAAAGAAUGUUUACAUAUUCCCGAGAUAUUCCACAAGAGGGUAAAACGAGAGUGCUUAUAAGUUUCUAUGCUUUAAAGAUUUAUAGGACCGAGAAGCAAAGACACAGUUUCUAACGUUCACUUUAAUACCAGUUAUCGCUGAAGUUUUGGCAAAUGGUGGAAAUAGAUGAAGGAUCUUCACAUGACUCAUGGUGGUGAGCCACAAAGUUCAUUUUGAAAAGUUUUCAACACCCGGCCCAUUUCUUCCCCCGACCCAUUUCAGUUUGUGAGUACAGUACACAGUACAGUACAGUCAAGGCUCAGCAUUUUUGGUUUUUAUUUUUCAAAGCCAUCCAGCAUACCGAAUUUCACCACAAGAGGACACUGUCACAUAACCUCACACGAACAGGAACAACUUUUGAAUCCGUGGAAACAUAAAAUCCAGGUGAAAAUCAGUUUAAACCGAUCUGCUCCUUUUAAAAAAUCUGUAUUUUUCGGUGAAAAUCGGUAAAAACCGAAAACGCUGAGCCUUGAGUACAGUAUAGUACAGCACAGUACAGUACAGUGCAGUGCAGUGCAGUGCAGUACAGUACAGUGCAGUACAGUACAAUACAGUACAGGGCAUGAGCUUCAGACUGAUCAAGUGAGAGUGUAUGCAACUCAGGGUACAGCCAGAAAAACUUCGAAACCUUAGGAAUGACACUCGCUGAAGGGUUUUGAACGUUGAGAUAGUGUUUUUUUUUUCUGAAGAAACUUCCAAGUGUCUUAGAGCUGUUAUUUUGACUACAGAGGUUGUAACACAGUUUGUGUGUGCCGUUGGGGGCACUGCUUCGCUGCUCAACAGAGAAUUUACAAACCCCAAAAUGUCCUCCACCGAUCCCAGAAAGGUUAAUUUAUCAAGACGUCUUCCGCUGAUUUUUUUUUUUUUUGUAAACCGUUUGUAACAGAUAUUUUGGAUAUGAAACUAACAUUAGGGAGAAAACCAUGAACAUUUCAAAUGUUACUUUUUUUUCUUUUACACAGAUAAACAAGAAAAGAGUUAAUAUAUUGCCAAAAAUAAUAUAAAAGACAGAUAUUGUCUAUUUUCUGUUAUUAAAUUAUGAGAUUCCAUUUAAGGGCAUUGCUACAUGACUGAUGUAUACAGUGCAAGUUUGAAAGGGUUCUUUAUAAUCCAUAUCCCAUGAGCCUUUGUGCCAGUUGAUAAAUGGUUUUCUUUUUCUUUAUACCAUUAUGCUAGUAAGUGAAUUGUAGAAGGUUAUUUAUAACUGGGUUUGGUAAAGGGCAACUUCCCCCCUUUGGUUUCCAUGUAAAUGCCUCUCUACUUUGUUCCGUAGGAGAAUGACUUCCAUACUAAAGGUUUGUGUUAGGCUGGAUUAAAGAUGACGAAACAAUAAAUAAGAAU